GUGGACCCAAGCCACUUGAAGCUUGCAGGGCCAUUCCCCGCUUGUAAAGUACAUACCCACUCCCAUUGCGACGGCGAUUGUACCUGUUCCAGCUCUUACCUUUACCGAUCAAAUUGUCAAUUAUGGAAUUGUAUGCCUCGGUCCACGGCACAUGCUAAAAACAAGACCAACCCGUCUUACGAACACCUGGCUUGUUAAUGGUCCAAAAUCACCAAUAGCUUCACGAAGACAAACAUUCUUCGAAGGAGCUGCCAAUGGUUUUGGUGCGGCUUUUUCUAUAUGAUAUAGCCCAAAAUGGCUCCAUCUCGAAAGAACCCGCAGUCAACUGCUGAGAUCUCUCUUGUACACCUUAAGAAUUGUCUUGUAAAUCUUCCCACCUCUUUAGUCAAUUUACUUGUAACUAUUAAUACGCCCGCUCAAAAUGUCAUCGUCGAACUGAAUUACCGCCUUCCCUCGCCCACGAACGGUUCUUCCCAAACCAACGGCUCAUCCCCCUCCGAGCGUUCGAUAUAUGUCGGAUGGACUGGAAUGCCCAGCAAGAGAAAGAUUGCACCCAUUGUAGAUCGUGAUGGUAUAAGUGGUACACGUGGCAGUGGUAAAGACCAAGAGGUUCCGUCUGUCGAGAUAGACGCCACCUUAGCUGCGACUCUUGGAGUGCCAGACGGCCAAAAGGUUAUGGCCAUAAUACACGUCGAUCCACCUUUAGCGCAUACAGUCAAUAUCGAACCUCUAACGCCGGAGGACUGGGAGAUUAUCGAAUUGCAUGCGACGUUCUUGGAGUUAAAUCUGUUGUCGCAAAUUCGCGCCUUGCCGAAUCCAGCAUAUACGGCUCCGCAGGGCCAGAGUGCUAGCCCACAUCCGCUUACACUUCACCUUACGCCGACGUCCACGGCUAAUAUAAAGAUCCUCUCCCUCGAUCCGGCUCCUUCGGCCGAUACCCCAUUCGUGAAAAUCGCACCCGACGCCGAAGUUAUAGUUGCACCUAAGACCCGCUCCAAACCAUCUAAAAGCUCUCGCGAGGACCGUAGUGUGGGAGGUACAUCCAGAAAGAGUGGGAAGAGCUCGGCUAGUACAGUCCGAAGGAAGAGUACGCGGGAAGAAAAGAAGCCGACGUUGUUUUUAAGAGGGGUAGAUCGUAAAUUUUGCGACGAGUGGUUUGACGAGGAAUCGGCUCAGGAAGAUUUGAGUAUAUGGGUCGACCGCGACCUUCUUCAAUCCAAGGAUUUUCGAGGGGUGACAUGGGUUGCUGUUAACAUUGUGAAACCAGCCGGGCUUCAACCCCCACUUGACCCUCAGAAACAACAAGAAAAUGCAGCGAAUGGGGAAACUGUCAAGGCUACCGAGAAAGUUAUUGCUCAAUUGCGGCCAUGGGAUGAUCCGCCUACCACUCAAACAGCGGCUCUUUCUACACCGUUGUGUGCGGUGCUUGGUUAUUCGGGAAUUGUUGGAGGAAUCGCAAAAAUCGAACCGGCCCCGCCGCCGUUAUCGCGCAGCGCAGUGCAGAAAUUGAAAGUAUCCCCAUUUUCUACUGAAAGUCCAAAGUCUUCGGAUGGUUUGAAAUUCGGAGGUGAAUCAAAAGCGGAGAAAGAAGAAUUGUCAAAGAGGAUAUCACAUAUUUACGGCGGGAAGGGCAAAGUGAAUGGCCUUCUGCGUGGACCAUUGACUGAUGGGAUGAUGCUACCAGUAUACGACAGUCUCGAAUUAUCUCAAGGUUGGGAAGGUGGUAUCGCCAAAUUAGAAGCGACAAACGCGGAUUCCAAAGACCAAUUGAUUUGGCAUCUUGGGUCCGAAAAGCCCGUCCCGAUCGAAAUACAAACGCCCGUUUCUCCCCCAACAUGGUCCACAGGAAGCGACAUAGGCGAAUCAGCUCCUCCAAGUGACUCGGUUCUAGUUGGAAUCGAUUCCCUACUAACUGAUUUGAAAUCCCAUCUCUCGCACAUGUCGUCAGUCCUCCUGACCGGUGCUCUGGGAGCCGGUAAAACAGCUGUCGUUCAAUCCUUAGCGGAGACCCUACGAGGGGAAUUUUUAUUCCACACGACUUAUUUCCCAUGCCGAAAGCUUGUUAACGACGAGAGUAGGAUCUCUACCAUAAAAGAAACAUUAAAUAGAGUAUUCAUGAACGCAAGUUGGGGCGCGAGACUUAGCGGAAAAGCAAUGGUGAUACUCGACGAUCUAGAUAAGCUAUGUCCGGUUGAAACGGAGUUACAAGUCGGAAACGACAAUAGCCGAAGCCGGCAGGUUAGCGAAACAAUAAGCUCUAUUGUACGUCAAUAUUGCGGACAUGAUAGGGGAGUCGUUCUUCUCGCGACUGCUCAGGGGAAGGAAUCGCUGAAUAAUGUGAUUAUUGGUGGCCAUGUUGUUCGGGAAAUUGUCGACUUGAAAGCCCCUGACAAAGAAGCACGGAGAAGAGUCUUAGAAACAGUCGUCAAGCAGCAAACUUUGUCCCCCGACGCUAUGCAGGCUCCUGGGCCAUAUAGUAGUCGACCGACUACUGCUAACGGCAGCGUAGGUGGUGACGACUCUGGUGCAUGGAUGGAUGGAGCGGACCAACGCAGCCGCGGCAACUCGGUUUCCACGACCGGAAAAGUAGAUGGCUUCCUAUUAGAUCCAGAACUUGACUUUUUGGAUCUUGCCGGAGAAACCGACGGUUAUAUGCCAGGAGAUUUGAUACUCCUAGUCUCCCGAGCCCGUAAUGAGGCCUUAAUACGAUCUGUUAGCGAGGAGUCGUCGAAGGAUCUAUUGGAUAUCAUUCAGCUUAACCGCGGCGAUUUCGAUAAUGCUCUAAAAGGCUUCACCCCAGCAUCACUGCGGAAUGUUCCGCUACAAACCUCCACGACGACAUUCGACUCAAUCGGUGGCCUCAAAGAGACACGCCAAAUUCUACUCGAAACUUUGCAAUAUCCUACAAAAUAUGCGCCGAUUUUCGCACAAUGCCCAUUACGGCUUCGUUCCGGAUUGCUUCUGUAUGGUUUCCCUGGUUGCGGCAAAACGCUUCUAGCGAGCGCGGUGGCUGGCGAGUGUGGGUUGAACUUCAUAUCGGUAAAAGGACCCGAGAUUCUGAACAAGUACAUUGGUGCUAGCGAGAAAAGCGUUCGUGAUCUAUUCGAGCGCGCCUCAGCUGCAAAGCCAUGCGUCCUUUUCUUCGAUGAAUUCGAUUCCAUUGCACCAAAGCGUGGACAUGACUCGACAGGUGUUACGGACCGAGUAGUCAACCAGCUUUUGACGCAGAUGGACGGUGCGGAAGGUUUGUCUGGAGUUUAUGUUUUAGCUGCGACUUCUCGACCGGACUUAAUCGACCCCGCGUUACUUCGUCCUGGACGAUUGGACAAGAGCUUGCUGUGUGGUUUCCCCAAUUUGGACGAUCGUAUCGACAUCCUACAAGCUUUAGGUAGAAAAGUUAAGCUUAACGACGAGAUACUUUCUUCGGAAGAGGGUAUGUUUGAGUUGGCAAAACGAACCGAAGGCUAUUCCGGCGCCGAUUUGCAGGCGCUGAUGUCAAAUGCUCAGUUGGAGGCUAUUCACGACGUACUCAGCGACAUCGAGCUGCAACCCUCAGGCGAUAAGCGUGGUUCCGGGAAUUCCCGAUCGAAAGAGACUAAUAUUCGAAGUCGGAAUUUCCUGCAGUUUCGUUAUGGCGUUGAGGCUGCCUUGGCCGAGACGGAGGAAAGGGCGAAGAAGGGAUUCAACAGAUCAUCCCAACUUGCCGAGAAUGCCGCCAUUGCAGCCAAGCUUGCCGAAAUUAAAGCGGCAAGAAAACAAUCAAAACUAGUCCAAAAAGGACCCAACCAUGCAGCAAGUGAUAAAAAUGAAAAAGGAAAAGAAGGAAAAGAUACCGAAGUCCUAAUUGGUUGGAAACAUAUGAUGAAGGCAUUGGAAUCUACCCGGGCUAGUAUCAGUCCCCAGGAGAGAAAUAGGUUAGAACGAAUCUACCAUGAAUUCGUAGUCGGACGGAGUGGUGAGAUGCGUGAUGGUCAAGGUAGUAUGGAGAUAGGUGGGCGAAGCAGCCUUAUGUAAAUGAGUUCCUAAGAUUUUAGGAGUCCUAGGCCAAAAUUCUAAUAUAAUAUUGCCUGAUCUACAAGACAAUGUGGAUAUCAGAAACCUCUCAUCAAUCGCCCCAAUUUUUCGGAUGGUCAUGUAUUAGGCCCACAUCUUAAUCCACCCAAAUGCAUAGACAGACAUUACAAUUGCAUUACAAC